AGAGAGAGAGAGAGAGAGAGAGAGAGAGGAGAGCACAUGGAGGCAAUGAUCUGUCUGUGAAGGAAAAGUGAAGAUAUAAACAAAGAGAAAGGGAGCCGCUUUUCUUCAGGUUUUUAAUCAUCUCAGAGAACCAUAAUUUUAUGCAAUUUGUUUGUUUUUUUUUCUGUGCUGAUCUCAGAUCCAAGUUUCACUCUUCUUCUUGGACUCUGAUUCUUUCCGUUUAAUUUACUUGGGAAAAUCUUCCAACUUGUCCACUCUUUUAUUUUCCCCAGAAAAUUUUUCAGGUUUUCUUGUCUGUUUCAGCCGAAAAUCUCCCAGAGUUCGUGUUAUCUUCGUUUUUGUUUGUUUUCUUCAUUUACCCCGGAAACUCUUGUUCCUUCUCUACUUUCCCAGAAGUUUUCCGCAUUUUGAUUUCAUUUUCCCGGAGAAUCUCCUCUUGAUUCCUCGUUUCCCGGGAAAGUUUCCGUCUUUCUGCGUCUCGACGGAAAAAUUCGACGUCUGCUUUGCUUUUCGCGGAAAAAUUCUUUUCAAUCUCGUUCUCUUUUCUUGGAUAAUUUUCUCCCUCUCCUUUUUCCCGCGGAAAAAUUGCAAAAUCUCUCGGCCUCGCUACUUCCCCGGAGAAUUCAAGUCAUUCAGGUUCUAAUUUCCUGGAAGAUUUACUACUUUGUCUUCCUUUUUCCUGGGAAAAGCUUCAAACUUUACCAUUUCAAUGGCGUCUAGAGAAGUAUCAACGAUGAUCAAACAAGGGUUUAUCUCAGACCCAUCUCUCGCUUUCUCUCCAUCGAGGACCACAGCUCUGUCCAAAAUCUCCUCCCCCACAGCGUCUCCUCCUCCGCCGCCGCCUCCCAACGAGUCGACUCGCCCGAGUCACUCAAACCUAACCCUUUUCGAGAUGAUGUCGGAGGAGCACAACCGAGAGUCCAAAACCCUAGACGAGUCCCGCAAGAAAUCCCACGCGCGUGUGGCGAAGAUCCUGACGGAUUUCAAGAACGGCAUCGUUUACGCCUACGGCCUGGGACCCGGCGACGUGAGGCUGACGGUGGUGGGGAGGGACGGGUACAGAGUCACCAUGGAUGUGCACAGAAGGGUAUUAUCGGAAAAGAGCAGAUUUUUCAUGGAGAAGAUGAGCAGUCGAAAAGAAAAAGGGGUCUCUCACAUGGUGGAGAUCAGCGAGUGUGAUGAUGUAGAGGUGUAUGUAGAGACUGUGGUGUUGAUGUAUUGCGAUGAUCUCAAGAAGAGGCUGGUCGGAGAAAAUGUCUGCAAAAUCCUGGCUUUGCUUAAGGUUUCUGCCGCCAUAAUGUUUGAUGAGGGAGUAAUGUCAUGCUUGGAGUACUUGGAAGCAGUUCCUUGGACAGAGGAAGAAGAAGAGAUGGUGGUAUCAUGUCUUGGAGAACUCGAUCUUCCCGAUUUAGUCACUUCGAUUCUGCAGAGAGUAUCAUCUGAAUCGUCCACUUCAUCAUCAUCGAGAACCGAUGAUAUCUACUUGCAACUCCUGACCGGAGUUCUACAAGCAAAAGACGAUAAAGCUCGUCGGGAAAUGAAGUCUUUAAUCUAUCGGUUGCUACGAGAAGAAUCCGAUCACGAUGUCUCCAAGAACAUCCUCUACAGCCUUUGCCAUCGCUGCCUCACAUCUCUCGUCCUCUGCUUAUCAGAAGCCACCUCUCAGAUGAACGAUCCAGGGAAAGAUCGAGGUGUUCUGAUGAGAGAAAUCGCCCGAGAAGCUGAUAACUUGGUUUGGGUGGUGGAUAUAUUGAUCGAAAAGAAGUUUUGUGAAGAUUUCGUGAAACUAUGGGCGGAUCAGAAGGAGUUAGCGGAUCUCCAUUCCAAGAUCCCGACAAUGUACAGACACGAAAUAAGCAGAAUCACCGCACUGAUAUGCGUUGGGAUCGGUAAAGGAAGGAUCUUGGUGAACCGGGAAGCUCGGUUUUCUGUUCUGAACACGUGGUUAGAGGCUCUGUACGAUGAUUUCGGGUGGAUGAGGAGAGCUUCUUCGCGAUCUCUGGACAGGAAGGUGGUGGAAGAAGGGUUGAGCCAAACCAUACUGACCUUGUCGUUAAGACAGCAACAGGUGAUUCUGAUGAAGUGGUUCGACAGGUUCUUGAGCAAAGGAGACGAUUGCCCGAAUGUUCAACGAGCUUUCGAAGUUUGGUGGAGACGGGCUUUCGUAAGACAGGUCGUGACCGAGGCAGAUGCAUCGCAGUUGCAGAUCACGCUAUAUGAUUACCCGAAGUAGAAGAGGUAUAAAAAGCUUUACAGACCCCAAGGUAUGGCUGACAUUAAAGCUUUUACACAGGAUCUUCUUGCAAGUUAACUGUCUUAAACCCGGGAUUCGAUAUUUCGAGAGAACGAUGAUAGAACUACGGGAAUCUGAAACGGAAAAAAACCCGAUGGAGGGUUUGAAGGCGAAAAUUGGCAAGUUUUAUGUGAAUCUUUUGCAGGGAUGUUCUGAGAGACGAGAGAGGUUCCUCAAUAUGAUGUUAGGGCUGAAAAAUAAGGAGUGAACUUUACAUAAAGAAACGUAUGUUGCCGUAGGAGGAGCAUUGUUCUUAUGAAUGGGGCAGCUUCCGUGUGCCUCUGGUUCUAACAGAGGCUUUGCUCAACAUGCCUAGCAAUAAUAUUUUUGCUUUGUGGUGUUACAUAGGCAGCGGCCUAUAUAACUGUAUAUGUAUGUACAUGCAUUCGGAGGUUUGAAGCUUCACAGAGAUAACCAUUGGAAAUGUCAUAAAUCACACGUUAAUGUUUCUAUAAAUAAAGUUCCGAUGAUAUUUUUUAAUGA